CAGCUGCAAAGCCUGAACCAGCAGCUGCAAAGCCUGAACCAGCAGCUGCAAAGUCUGAACCAGCAGCUGCAAAACCUGAACCAGCAGCUGCAAAGUCUGAACCAGCAGCUGCAAAGCCUGAACCAGCAGCUGCAAAGCUUGAACCAGCUGCUGCAAAGCCCGAACCAGCAGCUGCAAAGCCUGAACCAGCAGCUGCAAAGUCUGAACCAGCAGCUGCAAAACCUGAACCAGCAGCUGCAAAGUCUGAACCAGCAGCUGCAAAGCCUGAACCAGCAGCUGCAAAGCCUGAACCAGCAGCUGCAAAGCCUGAACCAGCAGCAGCAAAGCCUGAACCAGCAGCUGCAAAGUCUGAACCAGCAGCUGCAAAGUCUGAACCAGCUGCUGCAAAAAAACCUGAACCAGCAGCUGCAAAGUCUGAACCAGCAGCUGCAAAGCCUGAACCAGCAGCUGCAAAACCUGAACCAGCAGCUGCAAAGCCUGAAUCAGCAGCUGCAAAGCCUGAACCUGCAGCAGCAAAGCCUGAACCAGCUGCUGCAAAGUCUGAACCAGCAGCUGCAAAGGCAGAACCAGUAGCUGCAAAGCCUGUACCUGCAGCAGCAAAGCCUGAACCAGCAGCUGCAAAGCCUGAACCAGCAGCUGUAAAGCCUGAACCUGCAGUUGCAGAACCAGCAGCUGCAAAGCCUGAGCCUGCAGCAGCAAAGCCUGAAGCAGCAG